UCGGGCUGCGGGCCCCGCCGGAGGGCAGGAAAGGGCCAGCCCGCGGGGACAGGCGCGACUCUAGGAGGGCCCCGCCGAGAGGCCUGGGGAGGCGCUGCAGGCAGCGUAGCCUUCUCCAUCAUCCUGACCCAGGGAGGGAGAAGUGUCAGGAGGAAACUCCUCACUCUAAUCUGCCCCACCACACACCCACUGGCUCACCUCAUGCCUGAGCCCCGGGUGGGUGAGGGUGAAGAACCCACCCAGCCAAGAUGAAAUCUUCCCUGGGGGCUGCCGCCGCCACUGUCUUGCCCCAGAUCCUGGGGCCCUGCAGGUGGGAGACUGGUCCUGGAAGGAGCCCUGUGAGCCGGCUGCAGAGGUGAAGAGACUUAAGAAGACCCACCCCAUCCCAGAGACGGAAGCUCCUUGCCUUCACCCUUGUAGACUUGUUUAGGAGAGAAGGACCUGUUGGCAGGUGGCAGGAGACUGGACAGUAGUUUAACGUGGCACCUAUGCCCCCUUCCCUGGCAACGGCAGCAUCAUGAGCCAGUUUCAGGUGCCCUUGGCGGUCCAACCAGACCUGUCAGGACUUUAUGAUUUCCCGCAGGGCCAGGUGAUGGUAGGGGGCUUCCAGGGGCCUGGGCUCCCUAUGGCUGGGAGUGAGACCCAACUGCGAGGGGGUGGAGAUGGGCGAAAGAAAAGGAAACGGUGUGGGACCUGCGAUCCCUGCCAACGGCUGGAAAACUGUGGGUCUUGUACCAGCUGCACCAAUCGUCGCACACACCAGAUCUGCAAACUCCGCAAGUGUGAGGUGCUGAAGAAAAAAGCGGGGCUCCUUAAGGAGGUGGAAAUAAAUGCUCGUGAAGGAACGGGGCCCUGGGCACAAGGGGCGACUGUCAAGACAGGCUCAGAGCUCAGCCCAGUUGAUGGACCUGUUCCAGGUCAGAUGGACUCAGGGCCAGUGUACCAUGGAGAUUCAAGGCAGCUAAGCACCUCAGGGGCGCCGGUCAAUGGUGCUAGAGAACCUGCCGGACCCAGUCUUCUGGGAGCUGCGGGUCCUUGGCGGGUAGACCAGAAGCCCGACUGGGACGCUGCCUCAGGCCCUACUCACACUGCUCGCCUGGAAGAUGCCCACGAUCUGGUGGCCUUUUCGGCUGUGGCCGAAGCUGUGUCCUCUUAUGGGGCCCUUAGCACCCGGCUCUAUGAAACCUUCAACCGUGAGAUGAGUCGUGAGGCUGGGAGCAACGGCAGGGGCCCCCGGCCUGAGAGCUGCUCUGAGGGCAGUGAAGACCUGGACACGUUGCAGACAGCCCUGGCCCUGGCAAGACAUGGCAUGAAACCACCCAACUGCAACUGCGAUGGCCCAGAAUGCCCUGAUUACCUCGAGUGGCUGGAGGGCAAGAUCAAGUCUGUGGCCAUGGAGGGAGGGCAAGGCCGGCCCAGGCUCCCAGGCACUCUGCCUCCUAGUGAGGCUAGCCUCCCAGCCCCAAGCACCAGGCCACUCCUUAGCUCCGAGGUCCCCCAGGUACCUCCCCUGGAUGGCCUGCCUCUGUCCCAGAGCGCCCUGAGCAUUGCCAAGGAAAAAAACAUCAGCCUGCAGACAGCCAUCGCCAUCGAGGCCCUCACACAGCUCUCCUCGGCCCUCCCUCAGCCUUCUCAUUCCACCUCCCAGGCUUCUGGUCCACUCCCUGAGGCCUUGUCGCCUUCUGCCCCUUUCAGGUCUCCCCAGUCCUACCUCCGGGCCCCCUCGUGGCCUGUGGUUCCCCCAGAGGAACAUCCAUCCUUUGCUCCUGACAGCCCAGCCUUCCCUCCAGCAACUCCGAGAACCGAGUUUUCUGAAGCAUGGGGCACUGACACCCCUCCAGCGACACCGCGGAACUCCUGGCCUGUACCUCGCCCGAGUCCUGACCCUAUGGCUGAACUGGAGCAGCUAUUGGGCAGCGCCAGCGAUUACAUCCAGUCAGUAUUCAAGCGGCCCGAGGCCCUGCCCUCCAAGCCCAAGGUCAAGGUUGAGGCCCCUUCUUCCUCCCCUGCUCCAGCGCCAUCUCCUGUGUCCCAGAGGGAGGCUCCACUGCCGUCUCCAGAGCCUGACACCCAUCAGAAGGCCCAGACGGCACUUCAGCAACAUCUUCAUCACAAACGCAACCUAUUCUUGGAACAGGCCCAUGAUGCCACCUUCCCUGCUUCCACAGAGCCUCAGGCUCCUGGUUGGUGGGCCCCACCAGGUUCACCUGCCCCACGGCCUCCUGACAAACCACCCAAGGAAAAGAAAAAGAAGCCCCCUACCCCAGCUGGAGGUCCUGUGGGAGCAGAGAAAACCGCCCCUGGGAUCAAGACCAGUAUCCGAAAGCCCAUUCAGAUCAAGAAGUCCAGGUCCAGAGACAUGCAGCCCCUCUUCCUGCCUCUUAGGCAGAUUAUUCUAGAAGGGCUAAAACCCCAAACCUCAGAAGGACAGGCACCUCCACCUGCCCAGCCCCCUGUCCCGUCUCCUGCUUCCCAGGGUGCUGCCUCCCAGAGCUGUGCUACCCCUCUACCCCCAGAACCUUCUCUUGCGCUAUUUGCACCUAGUCCCUCCGGGGACAGCCUGCUGCCCCCUACUCAGGAAAUGAGAUCCCCCAGCCCCAUGGUAGCCCUGCAGUCAGGCUCCACUGGCGGCCCCCUUCCCCCUGCCGAUGACAAGCUGGAGGAGCUCAUCCGGCAAUUUGAGGCUGAAUUUGGGGAUAGCUUUGGGCUUCCCGGCCCGCCUUCGGUGCCCAUUCAAGAACCUGAAAACCAAUCAACAUGUCUCCCAGCUCCAGAGAGCCCUUUUGCCACCCGCUCCCCCAAGAAGAUCAAGAUUGAGUCUUCAGGGGCUGUGACCGUGCUCUCAACCACCUGCUUCCAGUCAGAAGAGGGAGGACAAGAAGCCACGCCCACCAAGGCAGAGAACCCACUCACACCCACCCUCAGUGGCUUCCUGGAGUCACCUCUUAAGUACCUAGACACACCUACUAAAAGCCUGCUGGACACGCCCGCCAAGAAGGCCCAGGCUGAGUUCCCCACCUGCGACUGUGUUGAACAAAUAGUGGAGAAAGACGAAGGCCCGUAUUACACUCACCUGGGAUCUGGCCCCACAGUGGCCUCUAUCCGGGAACUCAUGGAGGAGCGGUAUGGAGAAAAGGGAAAAGCUAUCCGGAUCGAGAAGGUCAUCUACACAGGCAAGGAGGGGAAGAGCUCUCGAGGCUGCCCCAUUGCCAAGUGGGUGAUCCGAAGACACACACUGGAGGAGAAGCUGCUGUGCCUGGUGCGGCAUCGGGCAGGCCACCAUUGUCAGAACGCCGUGAUUGUUAUCUUGAUCCUGGCCUGGGAGGGCAUCCCUCGAAGCCUUGGAGACACCCUCUACCAGGAGCUCACUGAUACCCUCCGGAAGUAUGGGAACCCUACCAGCCGGAGAUGUGGCCUCAAUGAUGACCGGACCUGUGCUUGCCAAGGCAAAGACCCCAACACCUGUGGUGCCUCCUUCUCCUUCGGCUGUUCCUGGAGCAUGUACUUCAAUGGCUGCAAAUAUGCUCGGAGCAAGACACCACGAAAGUUCCGCCUCACAGGAGACAAUCCGAAGGAGGAGGAGGUACUCCGGAAUAGCUUUCAGGACCUGGCCACUGAAGUUGCUCCCCUAUACAAGCGGCUUGCACCCCAGGCCUAUCAGAACCAGGUGACCAAUGAGGACGUGGCGAUCGACUGCCGCCUGGGGCUGAAGGAAGGGAGGCCUUUCUCAGGGGUCACAGCCUGCAUGGACUUCUGUGCCCACGCCCACAAGGACCAACAUAACCUCUACAAUGGGUGCACUGUGGUCUGCACCCUGACCAAGGAAGACAAUCGCUGUGUGGGCCAGGUCCCUGAGGAUGAGCAGCUGCACGUCCUGCCCCUGUACAAGAUGGCCAGCACGGACGAGUUUGGCAGUGAGGAGAACCAGAACGCCAAGGUCAGCAGCGGGGCCAUCCAGGUGCUCACGGCCUUCCCGAGAGAGGUCCGGCGGCUGCCUGAGCCCGCCAAGUCCUGCCGCCAACGGCAGCUGGAGGCCAGGAAGGCGGCGGCCGAGAAGAAGAAGCUGCAGAAGGAGAAACUGAGCACGCCAGAGAAGAUCAAGCAGGAGGCGCUGGAGCUGGCUGGUGUCACCGCUGACCCAGGCCUGUCUCUGAAGGGUGCAUUGUCCCAGCAAAGCCUGAAACCCUCCCUCAAGGUAGAGCCUCAGAACCACUUUAGCUCCUUCAAAUACAGCGGGAACGCAGUGGUGGAGAGCUACUCGGUCCUGGGCAGCUGCCGGCCCUCCGACCCGUACAGCAUGAGCAGUGCGUACUCCUUCCACUCGCGCUACGCACAGCCGGGCCUAGCCUCCGUCAACGGCUUCCACUCCAAGUACGCACUUCCCUCCUUCGGUUACUACGGCUUUCCGUCUAGCAACCCCGUCUUCCCCUCCCAGUUCCUGGGCCCCAGUGCCUGGGGACACGGGGGCAGUGGAGGCAGUUUUGAGAAGAAGCCAGACCUCCAUGCUCUACACAACAGCCUGAACCCGGCCUACGGUGGUGCUGAGUUUGCCGAGCUGCCAGGCCAGGCUGUUUCCACAGACAACCACCACCCAGUCCCUCACCACCAGCAGCCUGCUUACCCAGGCCCCAAGGAAUAUCUGCUACCCAAGGUCCCCCAGCUCCACCCAGCAUCCAGGGACCCCUCCCCCUUUGCUCAGAGCUCCAGUUGCUAUAACAGAUCCAUCAAGCAAGAGCCAGUAGACCCUCUGACCCAGGCUGAGUCUCUACCCAGAGACUCUGGUAAAAUGAGUAGAACACCCUUGCCCGAAGCAUCUCAGAAUGGGGGACCCAGUCACCUAUGGGGACAGUACUCAGGAGGCCCAAGCAUGUCCCCGAAGAGGACUAACAGUGUAGGUGGCAACUGGGGAGUGUUCCCUCCAGGGGAAAGCCCCACCAUUGUUCCCGACAAGCUCAAUCCUUUUGGGGCCAGCUGUCUCGCUCCUUCACACUUCCCAGAAAGCCAGUGGGGACUGUUCGCGGGUGACGGUCAGCAGUCGGCCCCCCAUCCCGGAGGACGACUUCGAGGCAAGCCAUGGAGCCCCUGCAAGUUUGGAAAUGGCACCUCGGCCUUGACUGGUCCCAGCCUGACUGAGAAGCCGUGGGGGAUGGGAACAGGGGAUUUCAACUCUGCCCUGAAAGGUGGUCCUGGGUUCCAAGACAAACUGUGGAAUCCUGUGAAGGUGGAGGAGGGCAGGAUUCCCACGCCAGGGGCCACCCAGCUGGACAAAGCCUGGCAGGCCUUCGGUGUGCCCCUGAGCGCCAACGAGAAGCUGUUUGGGGCCCUGAAGUCAGAGGAGAAGCUGUGGGAUCCCUUCAGCCUGGAGGAGGGGACCGCUGAGGAGCCCUCCAGCAAGGGGGUGGUGAAGGAAGAGAAGAGUGGACCCGGGGUGGAGGAGGACGAGGAGGAGCUGUGGUCGGACAGUGAGCACAACUUCCUGGAUGAGAACAUAGGCGGUGUGGCCGUGGCCCCUGCCCACUGCUCCAUCCUCAUCGAGUGUGCCCGGCGGGAGCUGCACGCCACCACACCACUCAAAAAACCCAACCGCUGCCACCCCACCCGCAUCUCGCUGGUCUUCUACCAGCACAAGAACCUCAACCAGCCCAACCACGGGCUGGCGCUUUGGGAGGCCAAGAUGAAGCAGCUGGCGGAACGGGCGCGGCAGCGGCAGGAGGAGGCCGCCCGCCUGGGCCUGGGCCAGCAGGGAGCCAGGCUCUACGGGAAGAAGCGGAAAUGGGGGGGCGCCAUGGUGGCUGAGCCCCAGCACAAAGAGAAGAAGGGGGCUGUCCCUACCCGGCAGGCGCUGGCCAUGCCCACAGACUCGGCGGUCACCGUGUCCUCUUACGCCUACACAAAGGUCACUGGUCCCUACAGCCGCUGGAUCUAGGUGCCAGGAGCCAGCGUACCUCAGCGUCGGGCCCGGCCCGAGCUGCUCUGUGGUGCUUUUGCCCUCAUGCCCGGGGGCGGGUUGGGGGUGCAGAAGUCUCUCUAUAUCUACAUAUAUGGAUAUGCUUAUCAUAUAUAUGUAUUUAUGGUCCAAACCUCAGAACUGACCCGCCCUCCCCCCUCUACUUCCCCAGCACUUUGAAGAAACUACGGCUGUCGGGUGAUUUUUUUUUUUUGAUCUUAAUAUUUAUAACUCCACGUUUUAUUUUUCCCCUUGUUUUGAGGGGCUUUUAUUUUCCUUUUGUUUUUAAAACUUUAUCCUUGUAUAUCACAAUAAUGGAAAGAAAGUUUAUAGUGUCCUUUCACAAAGGAGCGUAGUUUUAAAUUCCAUUUAAAAUAUGUAUUUAUUGGAUUUUUUUUAAAAAGCGACAAUAGUAAUGGGUUACAGGUAGGCAGGAAAGGCCAGCAGUGCUUCCUGCCUGGCGAGCCCAGCCUCCUGGGAGCUGCAGGUUCUCCAGCCAUCUGCCCCCACCAGCCAAGGUUAGCAUGUAGCCCUGGUCUGUCCCUCCUUCCCACAGGCUAAGGAGCCUUGGGACCACCCCGUUUUUCUCUGUGGAAUGGGGGGAGCUGCAGACAUCUGGGGGCCUGGCCUGGAGAUGCUGGUGUUAGAUGUCCCCAGAAACCAGGUUGGAAGUAGACAGCUUCAAGCUUGCUAGUCUCCACACUGAAUCCUCUCUGUCCGUUAUUUAUCAAGUCAUAUGAUGUCCUGGUUCGCUAGGCAGCACCUCAAGCUGGAGCAGGAGUCCAGAGGCUCCUAGGAGCCCUUCUCGUCCCGCCGCCGAUAAACCGGUGAGUACUGGGCAGAAGGAAGCUUGGUGGCAAUUUUCUUUAAAAUCGCCCCAAAGUUUGUCGAUACUGAAAAAGGGCUACUGUAUCUUUAGAAACAAGAAGUUGAACCCAAGCUGUGAAGAGCCAGUGUGCUGUGCGGUGCUCUGCGGGUGCUCUGUGGGUGCUCUGCGGUGCUCCGCGGGUGCUCCGCGGUGCUGUGGUGCUGGAGCCUGGUGCUGUAGUAUUGUGCUGGGACUUUUCUGACUCUCAGGGCAGGUGGCAUCCUGCCAGAGCUCAGCAAGCCAGUGUGAUGGCGGCCACGCCUCGUCCUUCUUCCUGGAUCUUCACAAGGGACAAUGGUGCAGUCCUCCCGGCCCUCCUCGCAGGGUGCGGCCUACACUUCAUUUAAAGUGCAAGGGUCAGGCGUUUUCAACAGGUUGCUAUGCCCUCCCUCCUUCGAGGGGCCAGUUCUCCAUUGGAUCUCUUCUCUCCUCCCUCUCCCUUCUCCACCUCCCCUGUAACUCGCCCACUCUAAAACCCUGGUGCGUUCAUUCAGCUCUUUGAAAGUGAGACCGUUGGUGCUUUAAUUUCUGUGACAUUGAGAGGUCGGGCCUGGCAGGUGGGGGUGACGCGUGUCUGCAGCAGGUCAGUCCUCGCCGAGCAUUUGUUUUCAGAAGCUGUUAGCCGUGUUGUCAGGCUGCUCUUGUGUGCGGACGUGUGUGGUGAGUUGGGGGGCUUCAUCAGGACACACAGAGUGCCAGCCGGGGCCUGAACGGUGGUUAUCAGGUGCUUGUAGCCAGGUUUGGUCUUCGUAAACCGAGUAAACCGAGCGUAGCGAUCCCUUGACGAUGCUGAUGGCGGGUCCGAGUUCCCAAGCUUUGCGGUGCCUUGUGCCAGAGCAGAUUGCCGAGCGGCCGGGUGUUGACGAGAGCCCUUCGGAAGCGCUGGCAGAGAGUGGCUGAAAGGUGUCCUGAGCAUUUUUGUGGUCUGGUUUUAACUGUAAAUAGUGAAAGUUUUUUUAAGCACUUUUGCCUAGAUUUAAACAGCAACUUGAAAAGAAUAAAAAGUACAUUUUAACAUGUAAUUGUGGGAGAAACUGUAAAUAGUAGCUGAAUAUUUAAUGUGCUUUGUCAAUCCACCUUUACCAUAUUCUGUAAAGUUGCAAUUAUUUUACAGGACAAAAAAAAAUGAAAUUAUUAUUGCUUUUGAAAUAAAUACCCAAGAGCUUAUCAGGACUUAGAAUUAUUCAGAAUUCAGAUUUAUAGGAAAGCCUCUGACCCUCUGUUUGACAAGCUAAAGAGUCAGAGUCUUUAAGGCGCAUGCUAAUUUUCUAGUUUUGAGGGAGAGCUGGGUCCUUUAAAUGCUAUUUUGCUUAAUCGCAUCAGUACUUUUACGCAGGUCUCAUCUGACUCCGUGCUUAGGUAGAUGCGGGGGUGCCUUGAAAAACUUCAUUUUAAAUAAUCUUAAAUAUGAUAUUUUACAAAGCAUUUGGAGAAUGUGACCGUGUAUACGGCUCAUGGAAGCCCCAGGUUGGCUGUUGGCUUGCAAGGUCCUGAGUGUGGCCCUGGUGAUUCUGUGGCCGGCAGUGUGUGGGUCUCUCUGACGCGUAUUCAGUAUGCUCCAACCCUCCUCACCCUUUGGUAGCAAAGCCAUCAGACGAAUGGAGAGAGCAGGACAAGCUAAAGAACAUGUGAUGCCCAUCCCCCAAGCCUGCCCAGCCUUUGUUCAUACCUUCUAGGCCAGGAGACAGGCUGCCCUGAGGUGAGGUGAGGUGAGGCAGGAGGCCUUCCACCAUGGCCCUUCAGGUUCUAGCGAGCGCUGUUUCAGGGCUCAGUGCUAUGCCUGUGCUUGAGUCCGUGCUGAUUUUCACACACUACAUGUAUAACCUACCUCAAAUCUGUCACUGAAAUGAGCAUGCUUUAGACGUGUGUUUAAGACGUAACUAUGCACAGUUCUAUAUCCCCCAUCCCUUGCUGCUGAAGGCUUCUUAAAGAGAAAAAUCAAAAUUUUUAUUUUUACUGGCACUAUCAUUUUUUAAGUCCUGAAGAUGAUUGACAAGACAUUUUUAUCAUGAGAUGAAAAAAAUAAAAAAUAAAGCCAUUGCAACUCAAGAACCUGACGGCAUGAGCGAGUUUUUAGAGUACUGUUAUAGCCAGGGAGAUGGCUUCGGAGUCUGCCCCCAGUGUGCCCGCCCGCCCGUCCGUCUGUCCGUCCGUCUCCACAGUCCACACCAGUGCAAGCAUUUGGUGCCCACCCCAGCUUUUGUUCUCCUGUGUUUUUGUCGCCCCUGCCUGCUGUGUGCAAGAGGACUUUUGAAGUUCUGGCCCGAGAGAUUUUCUUUUAGAAUGAGUCAUUUGGCAGCAGGAUCUCACAAAAUAACUGGUGCUAGCAGGAGAGACCACCUGUCCGGAGCUCUACCGAGGGUGUCAUGUGGAUUGGGGGGUGCAGUUUGGAGUCUGGUUUCAGUGGGGACUGAGCAGCCCAGCCCUCCAGGGGGCUGCUUUGCCUUUUGCUGUGGUGGCCCUGUUACAGGGAAGGGAGUCUGCCUUCUCUGCCCCGCCCCCCUGCUUAAAGAAACAGUAGCUUGCAGAGCUAGGGUUGUGAGUGCCCAGUGGCAAGAAGGUCAGAAGUCCAGGGCUUUGUUGCGCCAUAGCUAAUGGCAGUGGGUGUGUGAGCGUGGCUGACAGUAGCUGAAAACCCAAUGUCACAGAGUGAGGACACUUGACUGCUUCAGAGGUCAAAGCAAGGCCAAGCUGGUGGGAAACCGAUGUAUCCCUGAUGUGCCUCAACCAAUCUCUUUCCUUUUGUUACUGAAGUGUGUUUUCUGGACUUGGAAGCAUUUUUAUGAAUUGAAAUAGUCUAAUAAAUGGUGCUAUGGUGUUUCAAUGUGACUGUCCCUGAUCUUGUCUCCCUGAGGUGCUAUCAACGUUUGAAACCACAAACAACCAAAAAAACAAGGUGGGCUCCGUCUCUCGGCUUUUCUUUUCUCCUUCGGUGCUGUCUUCGUGGGCCUGUUUACCGUGCCGUGUCUGCCCUGAGCAGGGUGCUGGGUCUGGUGUUUCGUUGUUCACCUUGGUGGCCAAAGCUGGGCUCACGGAGAAGGCAGCUUGCCCGUGCAAGGACAGCAGUGGCCCGCUCGUGGGUUUGUCUCUCUUCUUAGGCCAGAUUAGAAAGGGGGUGGUGGCAUUGAGAAGGAGAGGCAGGGCCCCUGCCUCUUCUUGUACAUCAGGUAUUCUCUCGUGUCCCAGGGUGCUAACCCCAGAGAGGACAGGCUGUGGUCCAGGGGCAGCGCCUUUUCCUGGCCCUGGCAGGGACAGCAUGGGCAAGACUGGGUUCUUGCUGCUCAUUGGUAGCUCCUGGUGCUCAGACUAAUAGGCAGGUGCUUUUUUUGUCCCUCAAUGCCACCAAGGCCGCUUUUAGUUGGUGCUAAACUUCUCCCUGUGUCCACAUAAGCUGACGCAAGACUGAAGAGCGCGGCAGGAAGCCCCAUGUCCAUCAUCCACUGUCACAGGUUUUUUUUUUUUAAAUACCUCAAAACAGGACAUUGUGACAACUUAGGUUCCAUGAGGGUCUGAUACUCACAGGCUGUCGAUGGGAUGACGUCCUUGACCUUGACACACAUCUGGGGUCAUUCUCUCUGUUCAUUCUUAAGCAGAAAACUGGCAGAGUGCCUAAGGGAAGGAGCGUGGUUGGAUGUUUUCCAUUCUCUUAAGUUUUGCUUUUGAAUAAAAUGUGAAUCUCCUCUGUCCAUCUCAUCAAGCUUUCUGUCACCAUUGCUGUCAUUUGAAAACCUACGACACCUGGUUUACCUGCUGUCCUACCAGGCCAACUUCACCACAUACCCUGGACCAAAUAACACAUUGGAGGUGCAUACGCCAACCCAGGCUCACAGCCCACUCCUACCCAUCUGUGCAUAGAUGAUUCUGGGAGCACCGCCUUCCUGAGAGGGCAAAGCAAUAGGCUUCCCACCCGAGGGGAGACCUCGGCAUGGAAGCCGGGUUCUGGGCUUCGGGCCUGAGGAUGAGUGAGCUGUGCGGCCUGCCCCUUGUCUGCUUCUAGUCUGAUAUCAGGGAUGCUUUCUGUAGGGUGUCUGUCAACCGUGUUCUUCUCGCUCCACCGGCCCGUCAUCCAGGGAGCCCUCACUCUUCAUUUGGGGACAGAUACUCAUUGGCUCAUCUGGACAUCCCAAAUUUUCUUGAUUCCAAUGUAGAUUGUUUUUUUUUUUUUUU